UGGCGGGCUGAGGCUAUGCACUUGGGCGGGAGAGAGCGCUGCGUGGAACCCGGCUCCCCAGCACGCCUCGCGGGGGAAACAGCCCGGACACUCGUGUGCGCAUGCGUGCCCGCGCUAGCCUUGUUUCCCGCCUGGAAGAAGCAGGUGCUGAGGGAAAGCGAAGGAAGGAAGCGAGGCCGCUCCUCUUGCUGGGAAUUGUAGUCUUAUUGGCGGAUGGACGCAAUGCUCUUGCAUGAGAGAGAGCGCCGCGGGGAACUUGGUUUCCCGGGGUGCUUCGCGGGGGAAAAAUUGGCUAAGGGAGUCUGUGUGCGCAUGCGUGCUCGCGCUUGGCCUCGUUUCCCGCUUAGGAGAAGCAGGCGGGCGCGCUGAGGCGAAGGAAGGAAGGCAGGAAAGGAAGGCCUCUCUCUCCAUCCUGCCAUGGCGCCGCCCUCGUCGCCCUCCUCCUCCCCGUCCUCCUCGUCGCCCUUCUCCUCUCCGUCCGCUCCCCCGAGGAGCCGCAGCCUCCGCCAGGCCCUGCGGCCUACUCCAUCCCCGGCCUCUGCUAGGCCUCCAGGCAGCCUGUCUUCCUCUGACGACGAAGAGGGCGACUCCGGGAGCGACUUCGAGGCCACGCUGCGCCUCAGGUCCAAGAAGAAGAGGUCCCGUCCCGCCGCCGCCGCCCCGGCGGCAAAGAGACCCCGGAGAAGAGGGACUGCCCCGGAGGAGGCGGGUAAGGGUUCUCGGAAGCACCCCAAAGGAGGCAGAAGAGGAGAAGAAGAAGCAGCAGCAGGAGGGAGCCUCUUCCAGGCGGUGUCCUCGGGGAAGAGUGCCACAGAGUCUCUGGUGGAUGACUGGCUGGAGGGCUACAAGCAAGACAAGGAGGGAGGAUUCCUGGAGCUGGUCAACUUCUUGGUGCGCUCAUGUGGCUGCAAAGGGACGGUGACUUUGGAGAUGCUCAGUGGCCUUCAGAAUUCGGAGAUCAUCCAACGGCUGACGGAAUCCUUUGACGAGGAGUCUGCCGAGUACCCACUGUCCCUGAACAGCCCUGCCUGGCGGCGCUUCCGGGUGGGGUUCUGUGAGCUAAUUGCAGUCCUGGUGCGCCGGGCCCAGCAUGGUGUGAUCUAUGACGAGUACCUGAUGGACAGCCUUGUGGCCCUGCUGACUGGCAUGUCUGAUUCGCAAGUGCGUGCCUUCCGCCACACCAGCACCCUGGCAGCCAUGAAGCUGAUGACGGCCCUGGUGCGUGUGGCCCUGAGCAUCAGCGUGCAGAAAGACAACCGUCAGCGGCAGUAUGAGGCUGAGCGGGCCAAGGGACUCAACCGCAGGGCCCCAGAGAAAAUGGAAGAGCUGCUUGAGCAGCGCAGAGAGUUCCAAGAGAAACAGGAAGAGCUGGAGAGCCUGAUGAAUGCCAUCUUCAAGGGAGUCUUUGUCCAUCGCUACCGUGACCUGGUCCCUGAAAUCCGUGCCAUUUGCAUUGAGGAGAUGGGCCAGUGGAUGCAGUACUACAGCACCUCCUUCCUGACGGAUGGCUACCUCAAGUACAUUGGCUGGACACUGCAUGACAAGCAAGGGGAGGUCCGCCUCAAGUGCCUGCUGGCUCUGAAAGGGCUCUACCGUGACAAGGAGACAGCGGCCCGGAUGGAGCUCUUCACCAGCCGCUUCAAGGAGCGGAUGGUGUCCAUGGUGCUGGACAAAGAGCUCCAGGUGGCAGUGGAGGCGGUCAGGCUGCUCACCCUCAUCCUCCAGAACAUGGAGGAUGUGCUGACCGACUCGGACUGCGAAAGCAUUUUCCCACUGGUUUAUGCUUCCAGCCGCCCCAUGGCCUCUGCUGCGGGGGAAUUCUUACACAGGAAGCUGUUGGCGCCUGCAACCUAUGCCAGCGGAGAAGCCGAAGGAUGCAGUGAGGACUCCCGCACCUUCCUUCAGUCGCUGCUCUGCUUCUUCAUCGAAAGUGAGUUCCAUGACCAUGCGGCCUAUUUGGUGGACAGCCUGUGGGACUGCGCAGCUCCGCUCCUGAAGGACUGGCCGGUGCUGACUGGGCUCCUGCUGGAGGAGCCCCCGCUGGAAGGGCUGGGCGACCGGCAGGAGAAUGCCCUCAUCAUGAUCCUAGUGUCCAGUAUGCGCCAGGCCACAGAGGGACAUCCUCCCGUCGGCAGGGCCUCUGGAAAGAAGGCAUUCUCUGCCCGGGAGCGCAAGAUGCAAGCAGAGGACCGCCGGAGGCUCACCCAGCACCUCAUCCCACUGCUGCCUCAACUGAUCGCCAAGUUCUCUGCUGACGCUGAGAAGGUGGUCUCCCUGCUAGAGGCCCCUGGCUACUUUGACCUGGCCCUUUACAGCACGGGGCGCCUGGAGAAGUACCUAGAGCUGCUCCUGGUGCAGCUUCGGGAGGUGGUGGAGAAGCACUCGGACCCGGAGGUGCUGGGUGCCGCAUCCCGCGCGCUACAUCUGCUCUGCCGUCCGGAGCUGACCUUCUUCAGCCGCGCAGACUUUGCCCGCAGCCGCCUGGUGGACCACCUGGCAGACAAGUUCCAGCACAAAGCCAAGGAGCUGUUCCAGAAUUCCGUCCUGAAAGAAGAGGAUGCUUACAGCAUGGCAGCCACUCUGAAGCGCAUUGCCAUCUUCCACAGUGCUCACGAUCUGACUCCGUGGGGUUUCUUUGAGCCCUGCAAGCGUCUCCUCCACCAUGCAGUGGACACAGGAGAGGUCCCACAGGAGGUGGUUACCUCGGCCAUGACCUGCUGUCACUUCUCUCUGCUCUGGGAACUGGCCCAUAUCUCAGGUUCGGCCGAUGAGCUUUCUCCCAGCCAGGAGCAGGUGCUGAGCCUGAAAAAGAAAGUGAAGUCCUUCUGUUCUCUUUGCCAGCGUUGCUUCACGGAUACGGAUCCUAAGGUCCAGGAGCAGGCCUUUGUUCUCCUGAGCGAUCUCCUCCUGGUCUUCAGCCCACAGUCGGCCAAAAAAGGAGGCGGAGGAAGCAAUGAGGGGAGUCCUGGGCUGGCGGCUCUGGCCUAUCAAGCGGAGCCAGCUCUGCAGUCUCAGAUGGCUUGCUUCCUGCUGGACCAUGUCUUCAGCCACUGCCAGGAUCAAGACAGCAUUGUGGAUGAAGAGGAGGACAGUGGGGCGCUCCACAUCGAGCGCCUGCACCAACGCCGUAACCUUCUGGCCGGGUUCUGCAAGUUGGUCAUCUAUGGGGUCCUGGAGCUGAGUGCUGCCUCCGACGUCUUCAAAUACUACGCCAAGUGCUAUAAUGAUUAUGGUGACAUCAUCAAGGAGACGCUGAACCGGGUUCGCCAGAUUGACCGGACAGAGUGGGCCCAGACCCUGCUCCUCAGCCUGCAGCAGCUGCUGGCCCAACUGCUCCUGGAACAGGGGCCCGGAGGCGUGGAGUCGGAGGCCUUCCAGGAGAUCCGGGACCUGGCGCGGCGCUUCUCCCUGCUCUUUGGGCUGCACCAGCUCCAGAACCGUUCGGCCCUCGUGGCUCUGCACAAGGCAGGGAUCAAGUUUGCCUUCCAGGAGGCGGCCUCCCCAAACGCCCAGCUGGGCCUGGUCCACCUGCCCUUCCUGGAGCUGCUGAGCGAGUUCUCUCCCCGACUGAUGCAUCCCGACAAGGCCCUGCUCUUGUCCUACCUGAAGAGGUUCUGCCCGGCUGCUCAGAGCGAGGAGCCCCACUGGACCUCCUUCCUGGUGUAUCAGCAUUCCCUGAGCCCCCAGGAAGAGGAGCGGCCCAAGUCAGCCGCCAAGAGGAGCCGCCUGGACGGAUCCUCCUCUUCUGAGCUGCGAGUCAGCGAUGCCAGCCUCCCCUCCAGCAGAAGCAGCAGCCGCCUGCAGACCCCGCUGCUGACCUCCACGGCCCUCAGGGUCAAGGACCAGGCGAAGGGGGGCCUCCAGUUGAAGGGGCAGGUGGACUCUGGGGGCUCCGAGUCGGAGUUUGUGCUCAGCAGCCACACUCCGCUGCCCACCCAGGGGGGCCCUCCUCGCAGACACCGGCCGCAGCCCCAGCUUCCCAUGAAGGGGGACCACAGUGGGCUCCUCCUGGGCCGAAGACUGGAUCGGCAGCAGCUGAUGGAGGCUGAGGAGGUCAUGAUCGAGAGCCUAGAGAGCAGCCAGGACGAGGAGGAGGAAAACGAUGACGACUUUGCCUCCGGGCUGAACGACUGAGGCUGAGCCUCCCACCUCCCUCUUCCCUUCCCACCGGUCAGUGCCUUGUGCCUCAGGGCCAGUUUUGGAGCUGAAGUUAAGCCGAUUGCUUUUUCUCCCAGGCCCCUUCCCUCAGAAGGAAGGUUGGAGGGGGCCGCCGUGGGACUGUUUCCGUUGCACUGUUUCUGUUGCACUGUUUGCAGAGUUCUAGGCUGUUUGCCUGUCUCUGCUUGUUGACUCUCGGUUCAAGGAUAAAGUUUUUUUGUGCAAAGCA